AUGUUUCGCAGCCGCGCGUUCGCUUCGGUCGCCAGAGCUACCAAGCUCCAGGCCUCCCCUAUCGUCAGACUCCCCGGCGCUGCUCAACAACGCAGAGCUCUCAGCAUCCACGAGUACCUUUCCGCCGACCUCCUGAGAAAGUAUGGUGUCGGUGUCCCCCAGGGUUCCGUCGCCCACACCGCUGAGGAGGCCAAGGCUGUCGCCAACAAGAUUGGCGGCGAGGACAUGGUCAUCAAGGCCCAGGUCCUCGCUGGUGGCCGUGGCAAGGGAACCUUUGACAACGGCCUCAAGGGUGGUGUUCGUGUCAUCUACUCUGCCCACGAGGCCGAGAUGUUCGCCCAGCAGAUGAUUGGCCACAAGCUCAUCACCAAGCAGACUGGCGCCGACGGCCGUCUCUGCAGCGCCGUCUACAUUUGCGAGCGCAAGUUUGCCCGUCGCGAGUUCUACCUCGCCAUCCUCAUGGACCGUGCCUCGCAGACUCCCGUCAUCGUCUCCUCCUCCCAGGGCGGCAUGGACAUUGAGACCGUCGCCAAGGAGAGCCCCGAUGCCAUCACCACCACCUACGUCGAUAUCAACAAGGGCGUCACCGACGAGAUGGCCCGCGACAUCGCCACCAAGCUCGGCUUCAGCGACCAGUGCGUCGAGGAUGCCAAGGAGACCAUCCAGAAGCUCUACAAAAUCUUCCGCGAGAAGGACGCCACUCAGAUUGAGAUCAACCCCCUCUCCGAGACCUCUGACCACCAGGUCCUGUGCAUGGACGCCAAGUUUGGCUUCGACGACAACGCCGACUUCCGCCAGAAGGAGGUUUUCGAGAUGCGCGACCCUACCCAGGAGGACGCCGACGAGGUCCGCGCUGCCAAGAGCGGCCUGAACUUCAUCAAGCUCGACGGCGACAUUGGCUGCCUCGUCAACGGUGCCGGUCUUGCCAUGGCCACCAUGGACAUUAUCAAGCUGAACGGCGGCCAGCCCGCCAACUUCCUCGACGUCGGCGGUGGUGCCACUCCCCAGGCCAUCCGUGAGGCUUUCGAGCUCAUCACCAGCGACCCCAAGGUCACUGCCAUUUUUGUCAACAUUUUCGGUGGCAUCGUCCGCUGCGACCACAUCGCCACGGGUCUCAUCAACACCGUUGAGGCGCUUGACCUCAAGAUCCCCAUCAUCGCCCGUCUUCAGGGUACCAACAACGAGGAGGCGCACAAGAUCAUCAACGAGUCUGGCAUGAAGAUCUUCUCCAUUGACGAUCUCCAGAACGCUGCUGAGAAGUCGGUCCAGCUGUCCAAGGUUGUCAAGCUCGCCCGCGAUAUUGAUGUCGGCGUCGAGUUCAACCUGGGAAUUUAA